GGUAGUAGUAUAACUGAUACAUAUUUAGAAUUAACCGAAUUUUUGAAUGAGCGCGGAAAACAAUAUCUUAGUGCGAAAUUAAUUUAUAAGUCAAUUUUGCAUCUGGCAACACUGUCUAUAUGAUCUGAGCUUUCAUAUUCAAUUUAGUAUUCAAAAUACGAAACUACGACGAUGGUUGUUUGCUUGAACCACCUGAGCGGCUUCUGUCCAGCUGGCCCAUCUUGCCUCCAUGAGCACAAAGAAAGGGGCAACUUCCCCAACAUAAUCAAAGAACAAUCAUUCGAGGAAGUGCGUUUGCAUUAUUAUGAGGCAAAGCGGUUGUAUCGCUUCCAAUCCAUAGAUCCGCCUGACUCAGCAUCUAGUCCCCUUGGGACGGCCAGUGACCAACAGGAAACUGUCACCAGCUCGACCAAGUCAGAAAGUGGCGACAAAUGCGAGUCCUCAGUGGCAAAGCCCAAGGAGGCGACCCCGACCACGCCCAAACUGGGCAAUCUGCCAGCACCGCAGAAGAUCAUGGAGUACCUGGACCAGCAUGUGGUCGGCCAGGAGCUGGCCAAGAAGGUCCUAGCGGUAGCAGUGUACAACCACUACAAGCGCAUCCACCACUACCAAUUGCAGCAGCACGAAUCCGACCAGCAUGACAUUCUAAAGCAGCAGGACGGAUCCUCUCUGGAUGACAUUCUAAAGCUCGACCAGCUGGACAUAUCGGGAAACGGAUCAUCGCCCAACACCACGUCGGAGAAAGAGGGAAAGCCCGAUCUGUCAAAUUGUCAGUACAGCAAAGUUCAGCUGGAAAAGAGCAACAUCAUCAUGCUGGGCCCAACGGGGUCUGGGAAGACGCUAAUCGCUAAGACCAUCGCCAAGUGCCUGGACGUUCCCUUUGCCAUUUGUGACUGCACCGCGUUGACGCAGGCUGGCUAUGUGGGAGAGGACACCGAGAGUGUUCUCUUGAAGCUCCUUCAGGAUGCCGACUACCAGUUGGAGCGCGCCCAAACUGGCAUCGUUUACCUGGAUGAGGUGGACAAGAUAUGUGCCAUUCCAGAUAUUAAAUGUCGUCGGGACAUUGGCGGCGAGGGCGUCCAACAGGGCAUGCUCAAGAUGCUGGAGGGCAGCGUAGUGAACGUGAUCGAACGGAAACAUCUAUUUGGCAAAAAGCACAACCAUUUGGACACAACGAACAUCCUGUUCGUGGCUUCCGGCGCCUUCAACGGUCUCGACAAGAUCAUCGCCAGACGCCUUAAUGGUUCUAGUCUCCUGGACAAGGGUCAGGAGGAGCGGGAUAAAUACUUGACCAAAGUGCAGGCUCGGGAUCUCACCGAGUUCGGUAUGAUACCGGAGUUUGUUAGCCGUUUUCCGGUUAUAGUGCCGUUCCGUAGCUUGAAUGCGAGCAUUUAUGUGCGCAUUCUAACCGAACCGCGCAAUGCCCUAGUGGAUCAAUACAAGGCACUGCUUGGUUUGGAUGGAGUAGAUCUAACCUUUACCGAGAAAGCCAUCGAAUCGGUAGCCCAGCUGGCGAUGGAUAGGAAUAUGGGAGCUCGCGGACUACGCUCUAUCAUGGAACAACUGCUGCUGGAUCCCAUGUUUAUAGUGCCAGGCUCAGAUAUACGGGCGGUUCACAUAACCGACGAUUGUGUCAUGGGCAGGUCCCAACCCGAAUACAGCCGUGUAUCGGACGAACCGGCUUCCGAAACCAUUUCCACGGACGAACCGGCUUCCAGAUCCAUUGCCACGGAGGAGGAUGCUAAAAGCGGUUGAAAUUGAAAAGGAAUUCAAAUCUUAAAAUAUUCCAAGUGCCAUAUUGUAUUGCCUUGCAGGGCCGGAUUAAUAGUUCCUAUUAUAAUGCUUAUACUUUAAUGAAAAAUGUAAGCACAUGUACUUAAAAGUACUUGUACUUUUACCUUACAGAUGAAACAGUCUGAAACCUGAAGGAUCGGAUCCAGUUGAAAUUAUUAAUAGUGUGGCAAAGCAGUGCUGAAAAACUCAAUAGUUGUUAGAAAGGAGAGUAAAUUUCAUUUGUAAUCAUU